AGAGUUUGUCAAAUGACAUUAGGGGUACUGUUUACAACUUUUCCAACAAGUAACUGCAGUACAAUUUAUUAACCUUUAAUCAGUGACAGACAAUGAUCCUUAGAGGCUCUAAUAACGUGGUGUUUUUAAACAGUCUGGGGAGCAUAAAUAAAAACGUCGCUCAGUCCUUGGACUUCAGAAAAACUACACAGAGGAGAACUAAGGCAAAACCAUGCAUCGCUUCCCUGGGGCAGUAUUUGAGUCCUGUUAUCACAAGCGCUCCGCAACCUUUGAAUGUCCUCCGCCGUCACUGUCUUCGCUUGAUUUUCUGGCCAGUCUACAAGCUUGCUGUGUCGAGUGAGUUCACACCGCCUUGGCCUGUGUCCUCUGGCAUAUCCAAAAUGCUGUCUCUCUGCGGUAUGGGGAAAGUGCAUUUAAAUUACUCAUUUGGAAACCGUAUACGUACUCUACACUGCAAAAGAUUUCUCAGCUCAGACAAGGACACUGCCAUAUUGUGGAGACGCACUCGUUUAUUGGUCCGAGAACUGAGCACAUCCAUCAAAGCUCUUCAGCUCGACCUAAGACGGUCAGACAUGGCCAAGUCCAGCAGUAGGAAGUUCUUCUUCGACACACAUGCCAUUGUCCGCCUCUUGGAACAAAGCGGGUUCACCACCCAACAGGCUGAGGUUGUUGUUGCGGUGAUGGUCAAAACGACCAACAGUAACAUGGACGUCCUUUACAAUGACAUGGUGACAAAGACGCAGCAAGAGAUCAUGUUGCAGAAGGUGAUGUCAGAGAUAGCGGCAGUAAAGAAAGACAUGAUCAUUCUGGAGAAAAGCGAGUUCUCCACAUUACUGGCAGAGAACGAGAAAAUUAAGGUAGAACUGAUGCAGCUGAAGAUGCAGCUGGUGGACGUUAUGAACAAAGUUCGCUCUGAGAGCAUCCUGGACAUGAACAUGGAGAAGAGCAGAGUGAGGGAGAUGAAAGCAGAUCAUGAAAGGAAGCUUCUAGAAGCCAAAAAUGAGAUGAUGGAGAUGAAUGCCGAGCAGGAACGGCAUGUGACACAGACGAACGUUCGAAUUGACACAGAGGUGGCGGGCCUGAAAACCAUGCUGGAAUCACACAAACUGGACACAAUUAAAUACUUAGCAGGUUCAGUUUUCACCUGUCUGACCGUUGUCCUGGGAUUCUACCGAAUUUGGAUGUGAUGUUCGAAUGGAAACCCCUCAAAGCGUCUCUGCCUUUUCAGGAUAUCUAAUCAUCCUCCUCAUCCUUAUGCCUUAUAGAGACCAUAAUAGAUUUUAACAAAGGAUCACUCUAGGCUGGCUACAUGAAGGUGAAUCGCUGUAGCCGUGGUAACGUGAAUGUGGAAAACCGACAGUAUUGUCCC